GUAUCAUGAAAGUAACCUACUUCACAGCCUACCGUCUACCUGUGCGUCUACCAUGCGUCUACCCUUGACCGUCUACAGAAAGGUCUACAGAUGGUCUACAGCAUGUCUACAGCAUACAGUCCAUAGCAUACAGUAACAAUUAUUAUUAAAUUUGUUUUAUAUUUCUCUAUGGUCUACAGGUGCAAAAAACAACUCGGGGUACCAACAACUCUAUGUGUAUAUAAAAUUAUAUAGUUCAUUUUGAAAUUUGAAAGUAAAUAUGGAUCCAGCACUACUAAAAGAGCGUGAAUUGUUUAAAAAAAGAGCUCUAAUAACACCCACAGUUGAAAAGAAAAAAUUAGAUACCAAAUCUGAGACUCUUCGAGAUGAAAAGAGAAAAACCAAACCAACUAUUACUAGUUCUGUUCCUAAAAUUGAUAUCAGUUCAUACAAGACAUCUACUGGUAGCACUCAGUAUCGUUUUGGGGUGUUAGCAAAGAUUGUGAAGCAUAUGAAACAAAGAAACCAGGAUGGGGAGUCAUAUCCUUUAAGUUUAGAAGAAAUACUUGAUGAAACCAACCAAUUAGAUGUUGGAAACAAAGUCAAACAAUGGUUACAGAGUGAAGCGUUGACUAAUAAUCCUAAAAUUGAGGUUACUCCAGAUGGAAAGUACAUUUUCAAAGCUACUUACAAGUUAAAAGAUCGAAAAAGUUUGUUAAAACUGCUUAAACAGCAGGAUUUAAAGGGUCUUGGUGGUGUGUUAUUAGAAGAUGUGCAAGAGUCUCUACCUCAUUGUGAGAAAGCAUUAAAAAUUUUAACUAAUCAAAAUGAAAUAAUUUUUAUUACCAGGCCUAUUGACAAGAAAAAAGUUUUAUUUUAUAAUGAUAGAACUGCCCAAUUGCCUAUAGAUGAAGAAUUUCAAAAACUGUGGCGAUCAGUAGCAGUAGAUGCUAUGGAUGAUCAAAAAAUUGAAGAGUAUUUGGACAAACAAGGUAUAAGGUCUAUGCAAGAUCAUGGCCCCAAAAAGCCUGUAGCUAUCAAACGUAAGAAGGCAACACAGCGAAAAAAGGUGUUCAAAAAGCCAAGAGACAAUGAGCAUUUGGCAGAUGUGCUUGAGACUUAUGAUGAUAAUACUUUAACUCAAAAAAACAAUAUCUAAUUUGUGAUGUUUGAUGUUAUUCCAUAUGUAAUUUUGAUAUUUUUUACUUUAAAAAAUAAUAAUUUGACUAGUAAACCUAAUAAAUAUAAAAUAAACAGUAUAAACACAUUAAUAAAGAGUAU